AUGCGACCGCCGGGCAAGGCCGCCAUACAGUACAGCCUGGCCAGGAUCGACGUCAUCGAGUUCGAGCGGCUCUGCGGGCGCAGCGUGGAGGCCGUCCGGAGCCGCCUGGGCUACUUCGAGAGGGCCCGCAGCUCCUUGUCGUCGCUGCUGAGGGCCGGGUCGGCUCCUGGCGACUACGUGUCCAACAUGCUGCCGUACCGCUACCGCGCGGGGGAGGAGUUCGAGGACCUGCUGUCGGAGGCCCACGCGAACGCCGACGCCUUCGGCCAGGCCGAGGGCUUCCGGCCCGUGAUCCUGGUGGACACUUCGGGGGCCGUGGGCGAGCUGCUGCCGUACAUCCGCCUGUCCCUGAAGCGGAUGCUCUAUCCGAUGGGGCUUACGCAUUUAUUUGGCUGUUCCCGCGACCAGGCGAAAGAGGCAGUCCCGAAGCAGCGUGAGCACCGCGCCCGUCUGGCCGCCAAGAAGAGGCGCACGGAGGACGUGGCCGCGGCAAUCUCGGGCAGCGACACAGUCUCGGUGAUGGCGGCCGACGCCGCGGACUGGAUCCGCUGCCUGAAGUACCUAAAGGAUGCUGUUGCGUUGCAGGAAGUUCAGAUUUCCCCCGCUGCCGAGGACGAGUGCGAAGCUAGGAUGUGGAAGUGGUCCUGGGCCACCGUGAUCAAUCCGAGUGGCGUCGCUAAGGAGUGGUUCGACAGGCUGCGGCCUUUGCGGAAGUCCGCCAACCUGCUGGGCGGCCUGCAGACGGUCCUGCAGCAGCAGGACGCCGACAUGAUCUACGUGAUCUCCUCUGGCCUGCCGCGCCGCGACCACGCGGACUACAUCCUGAGCGAGGUCAGAGCCGCAAACGCGAAGGGCGUCCCGAUCAACGUGGUCGGCAUCGACUGCGACGACAAGGGGGAGUACGGCCUGCGCGAGCUGGCCCGGCAGCACGGAGGAACCUUCCGCCACAAGCGCUUCAGCGGCCCCGACCCCGACGUGUUCCGCGAGAAGGCGCAGCCCGAGGCGCCGAGAGUCGAGGAUACCCGGUUGUCCAUCGGCGGGCAGAUGGAUAUCCUCGACAUCAUGGCCAAGGAUCGCAGGAGGUGCAGCUGGCGGACUGGCUCGAGGAGCAGAAGUGCGCGAACCGCCUGCUGCUGCUGA